AUGGCGUCUCCCGUGGUAGAGAGCCGCAUCGAGCCUCACAAGAAGGCGCACUUCACCCUCCACCUCAGCGACCGUAUACGGAACACCGAUGAUGCGGUCGAGUACAGCAGUGUAAAAUACAAUCACAAGCCUACACAGACAUCCGACAAUCGUUCUACGACACUUUCGGCGCCUUCAUCGACGAACACCUGCAGUCUGCGCAUCGACGACACGAGCGAAUCCGGCGACCAGGAUGUCUUCACCUUCACGGGGCAAAAGUCACAGCCAAAGAAGUCAUACGUCCUCAUCUUGGAUCCCGCCAGCCAGCAAGCAACCCUAGAACCGCUCUCGAGUAGCUACACCUUCAACCUUGCCACAAGGAACGGCAAAGACAUAUCGUCACAGCACGCCAAGAUAUAUCCCAAGAAACUAAAGAACGAUGCGCAGGACAAGGACCAGGACGACGACCUGUUUGGCGAGGCGGCUGCGGACGAUGAGGGAGGUGACCCUGACCCCGACAACCCCUAUGACUUCAGGCAUUUCUUGAGCAAGGAAAAGGCGAAGCGAGGCGACGAGUCCGACUACCGCUAUGCAUCAUCGCCAGAGCACCGAGCCGGUACAGGCAGUGCUGCUCAUACACCGCAAUUUGGGGCUCGCGCACCACCCGCCGCUGCCCCAGUGCGGAAACCCGCUGCAGCUACUGCGCCCAAGAAGCGCAAGACUACGACGACAAAUCCUAUGGUGAAGCCCAAAAAGGCUCAACCACCACCGGCUGUCCGUCUUCAACGCACGGCAACAGAACCUGCUGCCAAGCCAAAGGGCAAAUCUACCGCACCACCCGCCUCCAAGAUCAAAUCUGCCGAGGUGAUACACUCGUCCGAUGAAUCCGACGGCGAAAUCGCAUCCUCGCCCGCGCCUCCAUCCCCGGCGCCUGCACAAAACCAGCGACAUCAGCACGACGAAGAUGAGGCCGAGGACGACUCAGACGACGACGGCGGUCUUGAAAUUGAAGUACCCGACGCGCGCCCACCACGACGCAAGAACGGUGCAUUGGGAGCUCGCAGUCUGGGCCACAACCUUGGCGCUGGCUAUAUGCGUUCUCCAUCCAACGGCCCCAUAUCGCUUGCCAGCGCAGCCAACAGCGAUGUAGAGGGCUCUCCCAACCCGCACGCACGCAACCGGAACACACAGGAUGAAAUUGACUUUGGUGACUUGGGCGGCGGUGAUGCUGAAGGUGACGAUGACGAUGAGGAAGAAGAGGAGGAUGCAGAGGAGUAUGAGUAUAAUGACAGAGACGUUGAGCCCAUGGACAUUGGACCUCCUGUACAGCCAGAUACGACCAGUCACGACCACAAACAUGGUGCAAUUGCAGACAUCCCCGCCGACGAUGACGAAGACGAUCUAGAAGAGUUGAUGAGGAGAGGAUUGGAAGGUGGAGAUAGUAGUGAAGAAAGUGAAGAGGAGUAA